UCUUCCCCCCAACAGAUGUCGCGCCUGUUGCUCCUGUUGGCCCUCGUCGCCAUCGUCCGAGGCGAAGCCGAAGCCGAAGCCGACCCAGAUUACCCUGCCCCCCGCCCCUCUACCAGCUACGGCCCUCCCCCAGCCCCCGCCCCUAGCUACGGACCUCCCCCUGCCGCCCCUGCCCCUAGCUACGGACCUCCCCCUGCCGCCCCCGCCCCUAGCUACGGACCUCCCCCCGCCGCCCCCGCUCCCAGCUACGGUCCCCCUCCCAAGCCUAAGAACUACUGCCCCAAGAAAUGUUACGACAAGACCGUGUACACCACCAUCACCAAGACUGCCAUGGAGCACCACACCAAGUGGAACACCGAGCAGCAGUACGUGCCGACCACUCUGUACAAGUACGUGACAGAGACACUGUACUACCCUACGACCGUUGUGCAGUACGAGUUCAUCACUCAGCCACUUCCCGAUCAGGUCAUCUACGAAACCAAGGUCGCCUACAACACAAACUCCGUCACCGAGGCUCAUCUCACCACCGUCCAGCAGAUGAUGCCCGGCACCCACUACUACAUGAAGACUAUUACUGAGAGCCACUACUGCACCGACUACGUUCAGGUCCCUUACUACGUGACGGUGACCAAGCAGAUCUACAAGACCGUGCAGGAGCCCCAUUACGUCACAGAGACCAAGGUUGAACAGAAUUACGUCACUGUUACCGAAGACGAGCCCCACUACGUCACACAGACCCAGGUGCAGACCAACCAGCAGCAAAUGUACGUCACCGUCACCGAGACCAAACACGGCUACGUCACCAUCACGCAGACCAAGACCGAGCCUCAUUACACGACCGUCUGCAAAUACGGUUAUUAAGGCGUUUCCCCUCAAUUCCCCCCCUUUUUGACAAUUGGUCUAACAGCCUCUCCGAGUAUCAGGAAAAUGUUCUUCAGUCCCACUCCCCUAGCAUUAAGGUUUUCAAACUCCUCUAUCCAUCUUUCGUUUUAUUUUUAAUGUGUACGUAUUUAUACAAGUGAUAUCAUCGAAAAGAAGGGCGGGCACCCUUUGAUGAGAAAAAGAUAUUUUGUUAUGAGUAUUAUUACUAUUAUUAUUAUUAAUUUAGACACUUAGCUUUUAGAUACAUGUAUUUUUAGAUGAAUAUAUACGUAUAUAUAUAUAUAUAUACUCAACGAGUGAACCGCGGGCGGCGGCGUGCGGCAGAUGCUUCCGGGCAAAAAAGCAAUCUGUCACUAUUCUCAAAUGUUAAAGACUGUUUUAGCAUUCGCAGUGUUUGGUUUUAUACUGCAAAAUGUUCAUACUGUGUGCGUCUUUUUUUAUAACAGUGCGAGUCAACACUGGGCGUGAUAAUGAUUCUGACUAGCUCAAUGUAUUAUUUCUGUGUAAUAUAUAUGUGAACCCUCCCUGUAUAUAAUUGUCAAUGCUGACUCCCGUUUUCUAUUAAGGUAGAUUUCUUUUUUUUUCUCUUAGCUAACAAGUAGUGUUAAUAUUUUUUUUUUUUUUGUUCUUUUUUUAUUGUGUGUGUAUCCCCCCCCCCCUUCCCUCACUUCCGUUCACAAUUUCAUUGUAUUUGUUAUUCAGUUCCAUAUUUUUUUUUAAACUUUUUUUUUUCACACCCGAUUUUAUCCCUACUGCAAAUGUUUCAAGCAAGUAAACAUUUGUGUUUGUAAUUUUUGUUCAGGGAUUUGUGUCUUAUAACUGACAAAAGUAUAAUUGUGUAUUAUACUCUUUUGUCAGUCUCAAUUAAUACCCAACAAAUAAAGUCCUUUUAUAUAA